AUGGAUGGAGAGGACGUGGCAGCGGCGACGUCGGCAGAGCAACCGGCUCCGGGUGGCAGAGAUAGGGAUCCACCCCCAAGUUUUGAUGGUAGCAGCCCAGAAGAGUUCAAGGUGUACCUCAAAGAACUAGAGUUGUGGCAGUGGGAGACAGAUAUCCCCAGAAACAAGCAUGCAGUGAAAAUCUUCCGCCAAUUGGGCGGUAUUGCGAGGGCAGCGGCUCAAGAGAUAGAUCUUGAGGUUUUGAAGUCUGAGAGAGGCGUCAAGGCAAUUAUCAGCAAGCUCGAAGAGCACUUUCAACCUCACACUGAAGCUGCAAUGCCUAAGGCAUUUGAGAGAGCAGUCUAUGGAGAGGCUAGGAAAGCGCGUGAAAGCCUGCAGGACUUCAUCAUACGCAUGGACCGAAACUUCAAGGAGUUGGCUGACGAGCAGGUGCCUUUAGCUGAUGAGGUGAAGGGGUACAUCAUGUUCCGUCAGGCGAGUCUGACGCAGAUGCAGGAAGACCAAGUUGUGACUUGGACCCAAGGACAGUACCAGAGAGACAAGGUGGUGAAAGCACUCAGGAAGUUAGAGAAGGUCCAGAAGGAGAAGGGUGGUAAGCACUUUGUCAUGGAAGAGGGCGAAGUCUUUGUGAAUGACCCGGGCAUGGAGUCUGACCCAGAGGGUGGCGACAGCGAUCAGUUUGUUUAUGUGGGCGAGGGAGAUCUAGAUCAGAUCUUCGAAGAAGGAGAUCUACACCAUGCCUUGGCCACUUACCAGCAGGUUCGUCGAGCCAUCAAAGACCAGAAGAAUGCUCGUGGCUUCCCUUUUGGUGGUGUGAAGGGAAAGGGCAAAGGCAAGAGUGGAAAGGGAGAUGACCGGGCCAUGAAAAGAGUGCAUGUGGAGCAACUCAAACUCCGUACGCGCUGCGCGCGUUGCGGAGCCAUCGGCCACUGGGCCAAGGAAUGUACAGGGGCCAUGGACGACUAUGCGCGUCAGAAGGCCAACAGCACUGCGGCAUCUUCCAGCACCGGGAAAAGUUACACUGCUAGCAUGUCAGGGAAAUCUGGUUUUUGCGAAGUUGGAGGUGAUCGUUUGGAAGGCAGUCAGUUUCAUUCACUGGGGAAAGUAGGAAUUACUUUGGGUGAGUGUUUGGUGCGUCACAUCGAUCAACAUCAACAUCCAGAUGCAGUAGGAGAAUUUUGUGGUUUGAGCACGAUGGCAUCCCAUGGCAUAGUAGACACAGCAGCUCAGAACGGUUUGGUAGGGCAUGGUGCUUUGGUCAAGUCAGAGUCAGCUUUGAGAAGUCAUGGAUUGCGCAUUUCAUGGUCAGAGAAGACAGGCUGUGCUAGAGGAGUCGGAGGUAGUGCAAAGGUGGUAGGAGUUGCUGAGAUACCAUUGGGAUUGGGCGGAAUCAAUGGCAUCCUUGAAACCACUGUAGUUCAAGACGAUGUGCCGCUUCUCAUACCAGUGAAUCUUUUGCAGAACGUCCAAGCCAAGAUUGAUCUGAAGAAGUGUGAACUAGAGAUGCAGAAGUUUGAGGUCAAGGUUCCAAUGCAACGUAUGCCGUCAGGUCAUUUUUCUAUUUCAGUUUUGGAAUUUGCAAAAGAUGGAUGGGAAGCUCCAAAAGAAGCAGUUGCCAGAGGUCGUCAGACUUGCGAUUUCACUCUGGCUGCAGCAAUGUCAAGCAUCAAGCAAGUGAUCAAAGAUCCCCGCCGUCAGCCUGAUCAUGACGAUCAAGUCUUCUGCGGCCAUGGAGACAUCUACCUCACCGAGGGGAAGUUCUCCGCGCCCGCGGCUUCUUUUGCGCUGGCGAGUGGUGGUGAAAAAGCUUCUGGAAUGGGUCAACGUGUGUCCACCCUCCGAGGAGGUUGGUCCUUGGCAAGGCGGUGGAUCGCUCUUUGGGUACUCGCCUCAUGUGCCCAGUCCAGCGAUGCCAGCAAGCUCCAACCUGAUUCCUCCUUUGCCUGGAUCUCAGGCGCUUACCGACAAGCACGAGUUCAUGGCCCAGCAGAUCCUGUCGGGUGUGCCGCUUGGGCUGAGGAAAUGUGCAAAGCCUCCCAACACUGUGCCAUCUCUGUGCAGCCACCCGCCGAAGAGCUUGGCAGGCGCAGGCAAUCAGCAUCAGAGGGAGGUCUGGUGUCAAGAGUGUCACAUGAGGUGGAAAGUUGCAACAAUUCCACCCAUGGCGGCGCCAAAGACUCCAGCCAGGAAGAGCACGGCAAGCAUAGAGAGUCCCAGCAGCCUUCUGAGAGGAGGACCGUCAGUGGCAAUGCAAUCUCCGGGAGCUCCUGGGGUGGUAUGCCAGUGCGGCAUGCCUGCAGAGCGCAUGGUGGUGAAGAAGGCUGGACCAACGAAGGGGCGGCAUUUUUACAAGUGCCACCGCAGAGUGUGCGAGUUUUUCCAUUGGGAUCAGAGCGAGAUCGAAGAGUUGAGGAGCCAAGGUCCCAUGAUGAAUGCAACAGAGAUACAGAACAUGAAAGAGAGGCUGGUGAGUCAACAAGAGAGGCUGAAGGAGAGCGAGGAAAUGCUUCAUGCGACGCAGGCAAGAAUGUCGCAGGAGGCACAACGAAUGAUGGAGACGGCAGUGAUUCAAGCAGAUGCCCGUCACUCGGAGAUCCUGCAGGAGAGAGAGCAAGCCCACCUGUCACAGGUGGAAUACCUGCAGAAUCAGCUGAUGUGGAUGACGACGGUGGCAGGAGAGGAACGAGUGCAACAGGCCAUGACAGAUCCCACAGUGCACCAAGAGACAGUGGCAAGAGCUAUGGAGAUGAGGAGACAGUUGGAACAACAGAACAUGUCAGCAUAAAGGGCCCUGAAGAGCGAAACUAUGAGGAUGAGGAGAUGAAGCACGCCCCCUGGGCAACAAAGAUCCUCCAUGCAGCAGCAUGGAACACAGCAGCAAAGCGGCAGAUUGAGGAUAUGCACCUCCCAGAGAGUAUGAGGGAAGUGCAUCCGUUUUUCUGGAUCAAGGAAGCCAGUGAAUGGAAGUUUCACCAUGGGAUUUUGCCUGACGUUUCACCACGAUCUGAGGUGAUGAUUGCGGUGACGCCGCAAGGCACAGAGGAGCACUAUUUGGAUGAGAUAGAUCGCACCCUGCAGAAAGGCUGCAGAAAGCGACUAUCACGAAAGAUGGAAGAGAUCAAAGUUUCAGAGCUCUAUUCCAGACCCAGGGUGUCCAAAGAAGCUCAACGGCAAGGGAUGCAAGCAGGAACGUCUUUUGACCUGCUCACUGGAUUCGACCUGUCCAAGCAAGAAGACCAGAUCAGAUGUAUGAGGAUACUCAAGGAAGAGGAUCCAGAUCUGAUCACCAUCAGUCCACCGUGUGGCCCUUUUUCCAUGGUUCAGAAUCUGAACUACCCGAAGAUGGAUGUGAAGAAAGCAAUGUGCAUCAUCACGGCGGGCGUAGCGCACUUGGAGUUCGCAAUGAAGGUGUUUGAGUGGCAGGUUAGGAGAGGGAAGUGGGCACUUUUUGAGCAUCCAAAGGAGGCAGCUUCUUGGAAGGAGCCAUGCGUGCAGCGAGCAUGGAGCCUAGAAGGGGUGGAGCGGGUCGUAGGAGAUCAAUGCCAGUAUGGACUGCGAGUUCGACCAGAGGAAGAACUCAACAUGAAACCCACAGGUUUCCUGUCAAACUCUCCUAGGAUCCGCAACCAACUCAGCAGGAGGUGCAGCGGAGAUCAUCCGCAUCAACACCUUAUGGGUGGUAGAGCAAAGAAGGCAGAGGAGUAUCCACCCAAACUGUGUCAGGCCAUGAUUCGAGGCCUGAAGGAGGAGAUCACAGACAGCGAAGUUUGGAUUGUGAAUGAAGAGUGGCUAGGUGAAGGCGAAGAUGAGGGAGACCUAGAAGACAUGCUUGAUGAAGAGGUGGAACAGGCAGGUCAGGAAGUGAGGGUAGGCGAGAGCGCUGCCCCAGAGGACAAGGAGGAUGUGGAAGAAGAGGAAGAAGGUCUUCCCAAAAAAAUCACAGCAGCAGACAAGAGAAGAGUAGCCAAGCUUCACGCAAACCUAGGACACCCAAGCACUCCUGAUUUUUGCAGAGCAUUGAGGAUGGCCAAGGCAAGAGAGGAGGUGGUAAGAUACGUCAAACAGGAGUUUUCCUGUGAUGUGUGCAAGGCACAUCAGAAGCCGAAGCCUGCACGGCCUUCGGCGAUCCCGCAGCACUAUGAGUCUGGCAAGGUGGUUGGUGUAGACAUCGUUUUCUUUCCGGGAGUGCAACCCAGAGAGAGCGUGCCUGUUUUGAACAUCAUAGAUUGGGCCACGUGCUACCAGAUGUUGGAACCACUGGAGGGGAAGUCAGCUCAGCAUGUUUGGACGAAGUUUCAACAGUCGUGGGCAAGAACCUUCGGCAUUCCUGAGAUCAUAGUGGUUGAUCAGGGGCGCGAGUUUUUAGGAGAAUUUGGCAAGCAGGCAAAUGAGUCAGGAGCUCUUGUCCGAACGAUUGGCGCCAGAGCGCCAUGGCAACAGGGCAGAACAGAGCGUCAUGGUGGUUUAGCUAAGGAGGUCUUCUUGAAGGUAAGAGAGCAGGUGCAGCCAGAGGGAGCAGAGGAGUGGAAGCAAUGCAUCUACUCCACAGAGAUGGCAAAGAACAGGCUUUUCAACCGAUCCGGCUUCUCUCCUGCCCAACGGCAGCUGGGGAUCAACGUCAGGCUGCCAGGAUCUCUGGCAGGCGAUGACGUUUACGAUGCCAACUUGAUGAAGAGCACCGCAACGUCUCAGAUCAGAAGAACCCUGGAGAUGAGGGACACUGCGAUGACUGAGUUUCUGAGGCACACCACCAGGGAGGCCAUCGCUAAAGGACAGCGAGCCCGCACCAGAAUCAGAAAGUCUUUUCAGCCAGGCGACAAGGUCUUUGUUUAUCGCAAGCCACUUCCGCGAAGAGGAGAUGAUGUAGAAAGGGAGCGGCGUAGGGCAGUGUGGUGCGGUCCUGGAGCAGUCAUCUUGCAAGAAGGGCCAAACGUAUGGAUUUCCAUGCGGGGCGAACUAUGGAAGUGUGCCAUGGAGCAAGUGAGAAGCGCCACCAGUGAAGAGGAGGAGGCCUUCGGACUUCUCAGAGAAGAAUUCGAGGAGCUGGCCAAAGAUUUGAAAAGAAAGGGAAGCCGACGUGGCUUCAAAGACAUCACCAAGUGGGCCAUACCAGAGGAAGAUGAGAUAGAGGAGUCAUCCCUCGAAGGAGGUCGCAAACGCAAGCGAGAAGACAAUGAAGAGGCGGUCGAGAGUGACCAUCAAGAUGAGGAGGAAGACCCUGGUGGGCCACCUUUGCCCAUGGAAGAUGAUGAAGAUGACGAUCAAGGCUCGAGCGAGCCUACCCGAGCUCAAGUGUCAGCAAGAACAGGCACCAGCAGUAGCAGCACCAGCUCCAGCAGCUCAACAGCAGAAGAGGAGUCAGCAGCAGCACCAGCAGCAACACAGGUGCCACUGGACGAGUCCGCACAAGAAGCGGCAGCGGCUCGAUCCAAGGAAGGGAUAGCAAUCCCGGCACAGCAGAUGGAGCAGGCAAUACAGUCAGUAAGACACAAUGAGGGCUUGGAUGGCACCUUGCCCAGAAACCCAGCUUUUGGACCAGCAUCGCUCAGAAGCAGACUGAGCGAAAUGAGGUAUAAGCCAUACACGCAUGGAUGGUGGACCUUGGAGGAGGAAGAGUUUGAAGCACAAAUGAAGGACACCUAUGAUGAAGACUUCUGGGAAAUGGACGAGGGUGGUACGAUUUUGAGAAGAUACCACGUCCACGACAGAAAGUGGAAGUUUGGUCCAAGCGAGAAAAAGGGAUGUCCAAUCAAGGCAGUGCAUCUCAUGAGCACCCGAAGAACAGUCAGAAAGUUUCAAGAUGGAGAUGUUCAGGAGGUAGUGGAUGAUUGGCGCAAAGGCGCCAAGACGGAAGGGCCUCCAAGAAGCUGGAGUGGAUUCACAGAGUUUUACAUCAAGAACACCAACAAGGCACGUAGAGCAGGGCAGAGCUAUAUAAGCAGCAAAAGCUCAGAUGAAGUCAAGGAAGAGGACAUCAAGCCUGAAGAGUGGGCAGAGUGGAGGAAGGCAGAUGCGGAGGAAUGGGCCAAGGUAGCAGCUUCAGGAGCUGUUAGAGUGAUGAGCACAGAAGAAUCCAAAGAGGUGGAAAGGCAGCUCCGAGAGACUGGCGCUGAAAAGCGCAUCUUGCCAUCUCGCGUUGUGCGAAGAUGGAAACCAUCAGAGCAGCCGGGACAAGCCCCAUCAAGAAAGUCUCGGUGGUGUGUCCGUGGUGAUAAAGUGGCAGCCAGUUAUGGUUUCAGAGGAGCAGUGGGAGAUCUCAAGAAUGCCUUCAUGCAGUCAGACAAGCUGAGAAGAAAAGAAGGCAGACUGUUUUGCCGUCAGCCAAGAGGAGGUUUGGACGGCAUGGAGCCCGGACAGCUAAUUGAGAUAUUAGCUGGUGCCUACGGGCUGGGCGACGCACCAGCUCAUUGGAGAAAAUCAUUGAAAAAGGUCAUCCUAGAGUUGGGAUACGUCCAGUCAAGCAUGGACCCUUGCGUUUUCAAGCUGAUGAGCAGCGAAGGCUUAGAAGGUCUUCUCAUAGUGGAGGUAGAUGACAUUUUGUCUUUGGGAAACGAGAAGCACUAUCAAAAAGUCGAUGAGCUGCGCAAUCGUUUCAAAUUUGGCAAGUUCAUGUUCUUUGAUGAGCACCCCGAGGGCGUAGGAUUCAAUGGGCGUAGAAUCAAACAGGGAGAAGACAAAGGCUUCGUGAUAGACAUGCAGAAGUUUGUGGCUGAGAGGUUGUUUGAGGUGGAUUUGCAGAAAGGUAGAGGACAACAAAAAGAGGAAUUAGCAACAGAAGAAGAACGAAGCAUGACCCGAGCUGCAAUCGGUGCAGUGACGUGGGCUGCCAAGGAGGGCAGGCCAGAUUGUGCAGCUGCCGCGAGUUUGAUAGCAGGUUGUUUGAAUCGUUUGAAAAUUCAGGACAUUGUUGACCUGAAUAAAAUCAUCAGAGAAGUCAAACAGGAUGCACAGCUUACUGUGCCCAUCCAGCCAAUUGAUCUAGCCAAGAUGUGCUGGGGUGUGAUCACAGAUGCCAGUUGGGCCAAUACCACAGGAUGCGCAUCACAAGGUGCGUUUGGAGUGCUUUGCUAUGAAGAGGAAGUGGUGAAUCAUGGAAAAGGGAAAGCAAACCUUUUAUUUUGGAAGAGCGGCAAAAUCCAUCGAGUGGUAAACUCCACACUGGCAGCAGAAACUCAAGCACUUUCAAAAGGAUUGGGCGAAUUGGCAUGGGCAGUCACUGUCUUCUCUGAACUCACGAUGCCAGGUUUCGACCUUCGCGAAUGGGACCGCGAAGCCCGUCAACGACGACUUCAUGCGUUGGCCAAAGAUGAUCUGAGCGAGGAACUUAGAAAGAACAUUUGCCUGAUUGAUGCAAAGUCUUUAUAUGAUCACCUGUCAAAGGAGACGGUAGGUAUCGCCGAAGAUCGGCGAACGGCCAUAGAAAUGCAAGUCAUACGUCAGAGUCUCUGUGAAACUGGCACUUCUGUCAAGUGGAUUCCUCAUACCAAGAUGGUUGUGGAUUGUUUGACGAAAAGACAUGGCAAUAGAGAGCCUCUGAGAGAGCUUUUGUCCACUGGGACGCUCAACCUGAUGACUAAGCCAACAUAA